GACGCAAUGAGAAAGCUACAUUUUGUUAUUCUGGUUUUGCUUAGUGCUUCUCUAGUUCAAUCUGAAGAUGGUUACAAAUAUUUUACAUGGAAUGUUACUUAUGGAACUCUUUCUCCAUUAGGUACUCCUCAGCAGGUGAUUCUGAUCAAUGGUCAGUUUCCGGGGCCUCAAAUAGACUUAGUAACUAAUGAAAAUGUGAUUCUCAAUCUUGUCAACAAAUUGGACCAACCAUUUCUACUCACUUGGAAUGGAAUUAAACAAAGGAAAAACUCAUGGCAAGAUAGGGUAUUAGGAACAAACUGUCCCAUACCUCCAAACUCAAAUUACACAUACAAGUUUCAAGCCAAGGAUCAGAUUGGAAACUACACAUACUUUCCGUCAACUCAGCUUCAUAAAGUAGCUGGAGGGUUUGAAGCACUUAAUGUCUAUCAUAGAUCUGUCAUCUCUGUGCCUUAUGCAUACCCUGAUGGAGAUUUUACUUUCCUCAUUGGUGAUUGGUACAAGACUAGCCACAAAGCAUUAAAGGCGUUUUUGGAUUCCGGAAAAUCUCUAGCAUUUCCUGAUGAACUUCUUAUCAAUGGUCAAGAUCAUACAACCAUAAAUAGUGAUCAAGGGAAGACUUACAUUAUUAGGAUCUCGAACGUGGGAAUAUCAACAUCAAUUAACUUUAGAAUUCAAGGACAUGCCCUCAAACUCGUUAGGGUCGAAGCAUCACAUGUUAUUCAGAACAUGUAUGACUCACUUGAUGUGCAUGUUGGUCAAUCAGCUGCGGUUUUGAUUACCUUAAAUCAAUCUCCGAAGGACUAUUACAUUGUCUCCUCAACAAGAUUUUCAAGAAAGAUUCUUACAGCAACUGCUGUGUUGCAUUAUACAAACUCUCACUCUUCUGCUUCCGGCCCUUUUCCCAGUCCUCCGGCUUACCAAUAUCAUUGGUCUUUGAUACAAGCCAGAAGCUUCAGAUGGAAUCUAACAGAAAAUGCAACUAGGCCUAAUCCACAAGGUUCAUACCAUUACGCAAAAAUUACUCCUACAAAGACAAUUGUAUUAGCGAAUUCAUCACCUUUGAUUAAUGGAAAACAACGCUACGCUGUUAACAAAGUUUCCUUUGUUAACCCCGGUACGCCUCUCAAACUUGCUUCAGAUUCUGCACACACCAUAAAGGCUAUUUUCAUUGUUCACAAUGAGAUAGAAAUUGGUGUCACCAAUAACUUAGCCAAAGUCAGACAACUUCUUGAUGCAUACAGCCACCCAGCCCUCCUCUUGGUUGAUGGAGUGUCAUCCAUUUGUGCUCUCGAUUUCCAUAUGGACAGAUGGGGAGUAGAUGCGGCUAUAACUGGUUCUCAGAAAGCACUUUCCCUUCCUACUGGGAUAUGA